UUCGGGUACUGAAAUCGAUGCCCAUAAGAACGCUUGCCUAUCCUUACAGGAAUCCUUUUCUUCCGCUUGCCCCGGAUGUACUUCCUGGGGCAGGGCGAAGAGGAGGGGGUGGCGCGGAGGGGCCCUCAGGUGGUCGCCUAGGAGGCCUGUAGCUUUCGAGGAAGGCCCACCUCGGAACAGCCUUGCCGGGUAGGCCGCCGCCGCCAUGUUCGGCUGUUUGGUUGCGGGGAGGCUGGUGCAAACAGCUGCACAGCAAGUGGCAGAAGACAAGUUUGUGUUUGACUUGCCCGACUAUGAAAGCAUCAACCACGUGGUGGUCUUCAUGCUGGGGACCAUUCCCUUUCCAGAGGGAAUGGGUGGAUCUGUCUACUUCUGCUAUCCCAACGAGAAUGGGGUGGCAGUGUGGCAGCUCCUGGGUUUUGUAACAAAUGAAAAACCAAGUGCCAUCUUCAAAAUUUCCAGUCUAAAAUCUGGAAAAGGCAGCCAUCAUCCAUUUGGAGCUAUGAAUAUUCCCCAAACGCCAUCUGUAGCCCAGAUUGGGAUAUCUGUGGAGCUGCUAGAACUCAUGGCUCAGCAAACUACUGUAGCAAGUGCCGCUGUAUCAUCAGUCAGUUCGUUCACAGAGUUCACUCAAAAGAUGCUAGACAAUUUUUAUAACUUCACUUCAUCCUUUGCUGUAACUCAGGCCCAAAUGACACCCAACCCAUCUGAAGCUUUCAUUCCUGCAAAUGUAGUUUUGAAAUGGUACGAGAAUUUCCAAAGACGACUAAGUCAGAAUCCUUUCUUUUGGAAAACAUAAUCUCGAGCCAAGUUCUUUGCGUGCUAGCAAAUGGUCACGACUUAAAGAUGCAGAAAACUGAGCCUACUGAAGAAAGUCUGGAUGAGUUAAUUAAAGCAGAAUGGGGGGCAAACAGCUUUUGUAAUAUUUGUGGGACUUUUGUUAAAAAUUAAAGCCCUAAAAAGCAGUCAUUGUAGUUUCUUUUUUUAAAAAUAAAGUUAAAAUCUUGAACUAAAACACAAACUACUUAUUAUAAAUUGUACACUAUUUCAAUACUGUUAACGAGCAAAUAGGUCCUUCUUUAAGUGCUUCUUUAAUGCUCUAGGGUCUGACACUUAUGCAUACCAAACUGCAAAUAAAACUUUGUUAGAA